UGGAGGACAGAUGCAGGUGGUUUCUGUCGCUCGAGUCGGCGGAUUGUCCAACUCAGAGAGCUCAGAGGAGGAAGAUGCUCAGGUGAUCUACCUGCUGCCGAUCAGUGCUGAAACUGGGAACAUGGGGCUCAGAGAAGGAAAUGGUGGAGCCGCCGAGCCUGAACCCAACGCUAACACUAAUCCCAACGCCAACAUUCACCAGAGACCUGAACCUAAUCCCAAUCCUGAUCCAAACCCGGCUCACAUGCAGCAGAUCCCCACCGCUGCACCCGCCACAGGUAUCCAGGACACACCCGCACCCCAGGGAGGAGCGCCCCCCAGUGCCGGGGCAGGGCAUCUACAACAAGCAUCUACAGGAGGGCAGGAUGGGGCAGCAGGGGGCGCCAUUACUCCCUGUAAACACGCCGGUGGGAUAGCUAAUGCUAAAGCUAACGUCCCACCGCUGUGAGCCGCGCGUGUGAACAGCAGUUAGCAGUAUUUUAUUCACUCUGAGGUUGUGUGGCGUUUAUUUAUGGAUUGUAAUUUAUACCUUGAGGUUAAACUGUUAUUAAAUUAAUUAGAUGUGAGUGUGAUUGAUCCAGUCUAAUAAUCUGAUCAUCUGAUGAUGUUCUGAUGACGUUCUGAUGGUGUUU